UUCGUUUCCCAGCAGUUCCAUCAUGAAUGUUAAAAUGUGAGCAGCGGAGCGGACCACAGCGGUUUGUUUUAACGGAAAUUUUCGUCGCUGCAUAACCAUCUGAACUGGCCUCCCCUCACGCACCAUCUGAUAUGGAAUUAUUCAAAUACAAUUAGAUCGACUGGACGGCAGACCGUUUUCGUUUGGGGAAUUGGGGAAUCAUGUCAAUUUAUUCUAUAAAAUCAUCCGUAGACUAACAUGAUUUACUAAGGCAUGUAUUACAAAUUAAUAGUCAUCUGGUUAAUAAACAAUAUCAUAGGUUUUACUGAAAGUGGACUAGAACAAAGUACUACACAUUGGGAUCAGCCAUUUUCGCAACCGUACUUCGACAACACGACCAGGCGCGAGAUCACCAGCACCGUCGGUCAGACUGCACAUUUGCACUGCAGGGUGAGGAACUUGGGGGACAGGGCGGUGUCAUGGAUCCGUAAAAGGGACUUACAUAUAUUGACGGUGGGCAUAUUGACUUACACGAACGACCAACGAUUCCAAUCGUUGCACACUGACGGUUCCGAUGAAUGGACUCUGAAGAUAACGUCGCCGCAAACGCGGGACUCCGGCGUGUACGAAUGUCAAGUCAGUACCGAGCCGAAGAUAAGCCAGGCUUUCAAAUUGAACAUUGUUGUGUCCAAGGCGAAAAUUUUGGCGAACUCGGAGCUAUUCAUCAGAAGCGGCAGUGACAUAAACUUGACCUGCAUCGUCCUGCAAACCCCCGAUCCUCCCAGUUUCAUUUAUUGGUACCACGGGGGCAACGUGAUUAAUUAUUCACAAAGGGGUGGAAUAAGCGUGGUCACUGAUAAGCAAACGCGUACGAGUCGUCUCUUGAUUUCAAGGGCUUCGUCACAAGACAGUGGAAAUUAUACCUGUUCACCAUCGAGUAGCGAUGCCGCCAGCGUUGUUGUACACGUUUUACAAAGGGAGCAACCUGCUGCCAUGCAACAUGGCAGCAAUCCAAGUCCUAGUGUCAACCUAGCAUCAGCAAGUACUGCUAAUGUUGGGUCGACAAUAAUCUUUUUUAUGUUGUUAUUCUUUCAAUAUAUCAUGUAUAAAAGAUAAUAUUAUAAAUGUAAAAAGUAAAACAUUAGUAUAAAA